UAAAUAAACAAAGUAGAUGUUUUUUUGGUAAUUUUAUAACUCUUCCUUUUGGGGAUUGCCUAGUCGAUUUCUGGUUGUGGUUUCCUGAUCUAUUCUUGGUUUCGAUUUCUUUCGGCGAUCCUUUCGAGUCUCGAUUGCCCUCCUAACAGAGAAGCUUCGAGCUCGAGAGAAUCCAUGGAUUCUUCGCCGGUUUCGGGUCGAUUCGAUAUAUUCGAGAUAUAUCGCAGAUUUUGUGACAUUCGAUCAGGUCAAGUUUUAUGUAAUUAUAAACCCGGCGACGAAUCACAGAGAACUAAUUAUUUUAAGGAAGCAUUGACUCAGCUCUUAAUUCUAGUCGAGAAGAAGUUUCAAGCGAGAAACUCCAUUUUCGAUGAAUUGUUCAAGUUGAUGUCACGGCUUGACUUAAUGGUGGACUUCUCCGAGUUUACCCGCUUUUAUGAUUUUGUUUUCUUUAUGUGCCGUGAGAAAGGACAGAAGAAUAUAACUGUAGGUAGAGCUCUUACCGCAUGGAAACUGGUUUUGGUUGGGAGAUUUAGGUUACUUAACCACUGGUGUGACUUCAUCGAGAAAAAUCAACGGCACAAUAUAUCAGAAGAUACUUGGCAACAAGUCUUGGCGUUUAGUCGUUGUGUACAUGAGAAUCUAGAAGGAUAUGACUCUGAAGGUGCUUGGCCUGUCCUCAUCGAUGACUUUGUUGAGCAUAUGUACAGGUUUGGAACAAAACAUGAAAGCCUUUCUUAUCAACACAUUGUACUCUACACAUCAAACAAUGAAAAGUCAAUCCUUUUGUUGUUGAUUCGCAGCAUUUUAGGACCGAAUAAGAACACUCGCUUGUUCUGCAACUGUAAUGAUGCAGAUUCCGAAUCAUGUCUUGACGAAGAUCCCCUUUCAAAUGAGCAUCACAAAGAAUAUCGCUGCUGCCAUACGGGUUUAAGAAACGUUCCGGGUUUGAAGAGAAAGAAAUCAAGAGACGACGAUGAAGAAGAUGAAGUAUCAGAAACUCAACACUAUUCUUCACCAUACUCGAAACGGAUCAGAUCAAACAAUAGUCCAAGAUGUUCAUCCAAGUCUUAUUGCGCGAUCGAGCGAAGUCUCUCACAAGGGUUUGCGAGUCUUUUAUCGACUGGAGAUAAGCCAUGAAAAUACGAAACACCAUUGCCACAGAAUUAUAGAUUAUACAAAACCAAAGAGGUCUCAAGCUGCUCUUUCAUUUUUCAACCUAAAAACUCUCACUUUCUUAAACAGUGAGUUCUUCGUUGUUGUAAGCUCAUAUAUCAUUCGUUCCAUGAUCACUUCAUCAUAAAUUGAGUAUCCAUUUCACAUUU